AUGCGCUUUCAUUGUCUCGGUGUUGGAUCCAUCGGUUCCCUCAUCGCGACCAACCUCGCCCAGCUUCCAUUCUCCCAAGUCCGCCUCAUUCUCCGACGGAAAGACCUCGCUGCACAACUUCUCAAGGCCUCAGGCUCAGCGCCGCGCGAUGCAUCCGAAACGCCCUACGGAACGAUUACGGUCGAGCGAAACGGACUCGCCCGGCGGACAUCGAACCUCGAGAUGGAGCUCACCCGCUCGCCCAACGACGCCUUCGAGCAGUCGUCUGUUGUCUCUGGAUCAAGACGAGAACCGCCGCGGAUCGACCCGCGAGUAUGGAACCGCAACGACCCCAUCUCGACCCUCAUCGUUACGACAAAAGCGCCGGCGACGCUGCCGGCAAUGCAGCAUCUCCUGCCCCGCCUGUCGAGUCGAAGCACGAUCGUGCUGUGCCAGAACGGAAUGGGAGUCCUCGAGACGCUGCUGGAGCGGUAUUGGCCAGAAGAUCGGUCGGACGAGUAUGAGCGGGCGCUGGAACAGGGAGACGCGAGCAAGGUGCGACAAACAGGCGGUCGACCAAGCUUCGUCUGUGCGACGACGACGCACGGAGCGUGGCGGAAAAGCGGGACGCACUUCGUCCAUGCGGGCAUGGGCGACAUCAAGUUCGGGGUCGUGCCGAACCGCGCCAUCCUCUCGAACCUCAAUUCUUAUCCGACUCCGCCAUGGCCUACCGCUUCCGAAAAUCCUCUCCUCAACCCUCGCUCCCUCGUCGACCCGACUCUCGACCACCUGCCAUACUCGCCCGUCACCGCCUCCCUCCACACCACCGUCUCCUCCCUCCUCUCCCUGAACGAGCUGAACCCGACCUGGCUCCCUCUACCGACUCUGCAGAUCGCCCAGCUGCAGAAGCUCGCUGUCAAUGCCUCGGUCAACUCGAUCACCGCUCUUGUCGGCGUCAACAACGGUGCGCUCGUCGGCAGUCAGAAGGCGAAGCGAAUCGCCGCUGCUGUUUGCCGCGAGUGUUCCGACGUCUUUGCUGCGCAUCUCGCGCGCGAAGACGGGCGAUGGGAGCCGCCACCGGCAUUGCAUUACGACCAGGAGCUCGAGUCGGACGACAUCCCUUCCUCGCUUCUCACCUCCAUCUCUCCCUCACACCCGCCUCCACCACCUCUACCCUCCUCACAUCCCCUCUCCGCUCAUUCGCUCCUCGAUUACACCCUUCGCGUCCUCUUCCGCACCUCGACCAACAUCUCCUCGACUCUCGCCGACCUCGCCGCCCUCACUUCGAACACCACGCCCGAUCGCUCCUCCCUCGCCUUCAUCCCUCCCAACGCGCCCUCUCGAACAGAAAUUGAGUUUAUCAACGGCUACGUUGCGGCUUUGGGACGGAGAUACGGGAUCAGGACGGACACGGUGCGGACGCUGGGCGAGAUGGUCUUGCUGAAGGAGGAGAUGGGACGGGUUGGGGCGAUUGAUCGGGUGUGGAAGGGCCGGGAUACGGGUCGAGUGGCUUCACCGGUUCGACCGCCUGCUCGGGAUACACGACCAGCCCGGCCAGCUCGGGAGAAGGAAGAAGAGGAUGAGGAGGAGAAGGAGGAGAGUGAGGAGGACGUCGAGGAGGAGCCUCGACCAGCGACUGAGGACGACGGGCCGACGAGCGUGUUCCCCAAUCCUCGGCCACGGAGUCGAACGCACCCUUACGACCGCGCGGCGAAGCACAUCCAGCGGACACGAGAGGUCGAGGCGCGGGUGCAGUCGAGGCGGGUGGACCGGGUGCGAGAACGGAGCGAAGAGCGCUCGUCGCGGUAG